AUGCUUUUACUAUUGUUUCAGAUAGUGUUGAUUUCAUGGCUUGGAAAAGCAGAGCAAAGAGAAGAAAUGCAGCAGAAAAAUUCCAUACAGGAUAUGCUCAACAAAUAUUUAGGGGAACUUGAAGGCAUUGGGAGGAAACCUGAGAGGCCAGUGGUACCCUUGGCAGAAAUGAAAAUCAAACAAGACUUGCCACGAGGUUCUCGUUUCAUGUUCCCAGAUACAGUUAAGGAAGAAAUAGUUGAUGAUUUGGGAGGCUGGGCUCCUACAAACAUAACCCCAUCCUCUGUGUAUCCAAAACAUCCACCUUCUCGCCCACAGAACAAGAGAGAUGCAGCGGCGGCCUUCAGAAAGGAUGCCAAAAAAUUCUGGGACCUUUUUAAAUUGAAGAGCAAUUCAAGAUCUGAAGAGGUGAUCCUUCCAAUCAAGAUGUCUGAGAUUUAUCAGGAGGUUUGCAACAUGCUUCCUUUCUCUCAGAGCAUUACACAUGAAAAUUGUGACAAAGUGGUGAUACAAAACAACCUGUGCUUUGGGAAAUGCAGUUCUUUCCACGUUCCUGGUGCUGAUGAUCGCAUGUAUAGCUUCUGUUCCCUCUGCAUGCCCACCAAAUUCUCCAUGAAGCAUCUGAAGAUGAACUGUACCAUGGUUAAUCCAGUAAACAAGAUAGUUAUGAUCAUUGAAGAAUGCAAGUGUGAAGUUCAGAAUAUGAAAGAAAUUGAACCAGGGUUUCUAAAGCCUGCUCUGCAUUUGAAUGAGCCUUAG